AUGUCAAUCUCAGAGCUGGUGAAAAUACCAAAGCCCAAAAUACUAAGUUCGAGAAAUGAUCCGCUACAUAUUAUAAGGACAAGAAAGACCACACAUAAUAGGCCUGCCACAAUUGCAGGUCCGAUGGUUCGUUACUCCAAGUUACCGUUCCGCCAGGUAUGCCGUGAUUAUGAUGUUGAUAUAGUGUACACGCCGAUGAUACUUGCCCGUGAAUUUGUGCGUAAUAACAAUGCAAGGUUAGCAGACUUUUCAAUCAAUGAACAAGAUUCACCGCUGAUAGUGCAAGUGGGUGUAAAUAAUGUGGCAGAUCUGCUCAAGUUUGUGGAAAUGGUAGCACCGUACUGUGAUGGAGUCGGAAUCAACUGCGGGUGCCCAAUCAAGGAACAAGUACGUGAAGGUAUCGGUUGCGCACUAAUUUACAACCCCGAAUGCUAUGUGCGAUGGUCUCAGCUGUCAAACAAAAUAAUGGGGACGGCACUUCGAUUAGAGACAAAGAUCAGAAUUCAUGAGGACUACGACCAAACUGUUGACCUCUGCAGACGGCUGUCUGAUGCUGGAGUUGAUUGGAUUAGUAUUCAUGGUAGAACAAGAACCACAAGGUCAUCUCAACCAGUUAACCUGGAAGCAAUCAAGUAUAUUGUAGAAAAAAUUAAGGACAAGAACAUACCGGUGAUUGCCAAUGGCGAUUGCUUCAAGAAAUGUGACCUGAGAGAGAUCGCUGAAGUGACCAAAGUAGAUGGUGUCAUGGCGGUCAGAGGGUUACUGGCAAACCCUGCACUCUUUGCCGGCUACGAAACAUGUCCUUGGGGAUGUGUCGAGAAGUUCUGGUACUAUACCUUAGAGUUUGGUGGUCUGCCGUACCAAUUACUACAACAUCACUUGUAUUGCAUGCUGGAGAACAUGAAGCUCGAGAAAAACCUACUAAAGGAGAUGAUGGAUGUCAAGAACACGGCUGCAUUAAUAGAUUGGUUUGAGACAAACUUUAUCUUCAAGAGAUUUGGUGAGAUUGGGUUCGGAGAAGGCUCAACCAUACCCUAUAGACGUAAAUAG